AUGGCCUCAUCAACGACAGCAGCACAGCAGACCGCUACCCCCUGCCAAGACGGGGACAUGCUAGCUCAUGUGCGAGCACAUUGGGCCACCAUUCAACCAAACUCUCCCGUUUACGACUUCUUCUUCCCCUCGAUCAAGAUAAUUUCUGCAACCUCCGCCUCGGGCCGUGUGGUUGCCCAUCUACCGCUAGAGUCGCAGCACAUAAACAGCAAAAAGAUCCUGCACGGCUCCGUCUCGGCCACUCUUAUCGACUGGGCCGGCGGCAUGUCCAUCGCAGCCGCCAAGGAGCUCGAAAAGACGGGCGUCAGUGUUGACAUUCAUGUCAGCUACGUCGGCGCCGCCAAGGAAGGCGACGUACUUGAGAUCGAGAGCUGGGUCAGCAAAGUUGGCCGCAACUUGGCCUUUACGAGCGUCGAGAUACGAAAGGCCGUUUUGGAUACCGAUGGGACGCCCAAGUAUGGGGAAAAGGGACAGGUCGUGGCCACGGGAAGCCACACCAAGUAUCUCAAUGUUUGA